CAUAUCCAAAAGCUAAUAUUCCACUGAAGUUCUAUAAACAAAAAUCAAUCUUUGAAUCUCAAACAUGAACCGCCAAAACCACUUUUUGUUUUCAAUUGUGUUAUUAUCAAUAACCAUCCUAUUUUAUUCGACAUUAACUAGAGCUAGUGAUGACCCUGAAUACGGGUAUAAUGAAAAAAGUGCAAAGGGACCUAGACAUUGGGGUGAUCUCAAAAGAGAAUGGGCAGCUUGUAAAGGGGAGAUGCAAUCUCCAAUUGAUUUGUCGAGUGACAGAGUGAGUGUGAUGAUCCCAGAGUUUGGGGAUCUAAAGAGGAACUACAAGCCUCAACAUGCUACUAUAUCCAACAGGGGUCAUGAUGUUGCAGUUACUUGGGAAGGGGAUGUUGGGUACAUAGACAUCAAUGGAACACAUUAUUUCCUUCAACAAAGCCAUUGGCACUGGCCAUCUGAACAUACCAUCAAUGGCAGGAGGUAUGACUUAGAGUUACACAUGGUUCAUGUUAGCACUCAGCCAGAUGGAACAAACAAGACUGCUGUUGUUGGUGUUUUGUACAAGUAUGGUUCACCUGAUCCAUUUCUCUCCAAGCUGGUAAAUUACAUAAUAGAAGUUCCUGAUGAAGAAGAAGAGAAAAGCAUAGGGGUUAUUGAUCCUUCAAAAAUAUUCAAGAGUGCAAAGAUGUAUUACAGAUACAUGGGAUCACUCACUGCUCCCCCUUGCACUGAAGGUAUCAUUUGGACCAUUAAUAACAAGAUAAGAACGGUUUCAAGAGGACAAGUAAAGUUACUGAAGAAUUCCGUACUUAAAUAUUAUGCAAAAAGGAAUGCAAGGCCGGUGCAGAUCCUAAAUCAGCGAGAAAUUGAACUGUACGACCCAAAAGCAAAGAAUAUACCAAACUAUUGAUGCAUAUUGUUCUUUUUUUUUUUGAAGUAAAAUAUUGAUGUAUGUUGUAUCUGUUAUUCUUUUGAAUUAAUUUGAUUAUGUAAUUAUUUCCAUUCCAUUAGCAUGUGUAAUAAUGUGUUUCCGUGGGCGGAAACAAAUACAAUACGAUUAAUAAUUAUUAUUUUUGCAUAAUUUUUUAAUAUUGUAAAAGUGUCUGCGUGUUUGAAUGAAUGAGUGGUGGGAUUGAAAAUCAUAGUGACCCACUCUCACUUUGUGAAGCUCUCACCGUGAUUUUCAGAAUCUCGUCACUCAUCCAAACAUACAUGAAAUGUCCUACUACAUCCGGAUAAAAUUUCCAUCACAGCCUUAUUUCGCGCAAUUGUCCUAC